AUGAACGACUCUGCGGCCACCACCACCCUCUCACCAGCUCUCCUUUAUCUGAGCACCACCAUCCUGAACAUCACCCCUCAUCAAAACAGCAGCCUUCUGACCGUCACUGAUGCCACGCCAACAUUGUCAACAACAUCGGCUGUUACUCAGCCACACCCACAGACUAGCACCACUUUCACGACUUUAACCACGCCUCCCACGGGAACACCGGCGUCCAUUAACGUGCCCUACAUGGCGGCCGAGCUGGUCAUCGCCUUCCUAUCCACUGUAGGCAACCUGCUGGUGUGCGCCGCUGUGGGGUUUAAUCGGAAGCUGCACACGGUCACUAAUUACUUCCUGGUGUCGCUGGCGGUGGCAGACGUGUGUGUGGGGGCGCUGGCGAUCCCCUGCGCCAUCAUGACCGGCCUGGGCAUCCCGCGUCACAACCUGUACCUGUGCCUGCUCAUGCUGUCGGUGCUCAUCAUGCUGACCCAGAGCUCCAUCUUCAGCCUGCUCGCCGUAGCUGUCGAGCGCUACGUGGCCAUCUUCAUGCCCUUUCGCUACCACAGCACCAUGACGCCACGCAACGCGCUGCUCAUCAUCCUGGUCACGUGGGUGCUGGCUUUCCUCAUCGGCCUGGUUCCGCUCAUGGGCUGGCACAAGACUCCACCCGCGGACGGCUUCUGCUUCUUCGUCAGCGUGGUGGAAAUGACCUACAUGGUGUACUUCAACUUCUUUGCAUGCGUCCUGACGCCGCUCAUCAUCAUGUUCCUGAUCUACGCGCAGAUCUUCCUCACGGUCAAGCAGCAGAUGCGCAGGAUCGCGGCGGACCGCGGCGGCCAGGCCAACACCGAGGGAGCCACCAACAUCAAGAAGGAGAUGAAGACGGCCACGUCGCUCUUCCUAGUGCUCUUCCUCUUCACCGUCUGCUGGAUCCCGCUGCAUAUCAUCAACUGCUUCCUGCUGCUGUGCCCUACAUGCUACGUGCCCCUGCCCCUCCUGCUCACCGCCAUCAUCCUGUCGCACGCCAACUCGGCCGUUAACCCUUUCCUCUACGCCUACAAGAUGAAGUCGUUCAGGGAGGCCUUUAAAGGCAUUUUCCUGUGCUGCAGAGGCGGCGGCAUCGGCGAGGGACAGGAUCACCAUGACAACAGACGCAUAGCUACCAUAAACAAAUCAUGA